AUGAACCCCUCUGUUGUGGCUGCCCACAAGAGGAUUGGACUUCUCCAAAAGUUCAACAAAUGGCAAGGGAAAGCCAUUGAGAAGAUGCAAAAGUCCAUGGACAAGAUGGUGAGCAAGAUCAAAAGUUUGGAGAAGAAGGUUUCUGGUUCUUCAAGCAAGAAGAAGAAGGCUCCAAGGCCCCCACAUUCCCUAGGAGUAGAUCCUUCUCACCACUCCAAGGAGGCUCCCUGCCCAAGAGCCUCACAGAGCCUCUUCUUUCGAGCCAAGGGAAGGAGAAGACAACACGCAGAGAAGGAGGAAGACUCUAAGGCCAGACGCUCCAGCUCGACCACCGGACUCGAUCGAGUCCAAACAGAGGAAACUCAACUCGAUCGAGCUGACGGUCGAGUUGACCUGGAGGAGCCCCAGUUUGAGGAUCCGGGAUUUGAAUACGAUCCCAACCUUACCAGGAGCCUCCCCGGAGUAGAUGGAACCCCUAUGGACAGUACGAGCUAG